AUGGAAAGCGAAAAGGAUACUUCUACACACUUUACUACGGCCUCAAGAAUGUUCAAGUUUAAGUACAACAAACCUGGGUCUGAUAUUAGCUUCGAUUAUGAAUUUGAUACUAUUGAUGAUGAUAUUAGUGUUAUAAGUUCAGUUGAAGAAAGUAUUGACGAUAAUAGUGAAUAUCUUAAAAAGAAUAAUGAUGUUGAUCAUGUUAUUAAUUAUUCUGAAGUAGUCAACACUAAACAUAAUACAAAAACUUGGAUUAAUGUAUUGGACAAAUAUUUUAUUGAUACAAACCUUCCGGAAAAUAUUACACAAAUCAUAGAUCAAACUGAAUUAGAGUCAAUUCUUGUGAAUUUUUUUGUCGUAUUAAAAAAACAAAAUGGUCAACCUUAUGCACCUAGCUCUAUUCAUAAUUGCUAUUGCGCAAUUUCUCGUCAUCUUCAAAAAUAUUCAUGUAUUGAGCCAAAACCAAAUAUUUAUAAUAAGAAUUUAUUUCCAAGAUUAUAUUCAACCGUUGAUGGUAAAAUUAAAUUUGUACAAGACAACAAUCCACAUCAAGUAAAGAAAGCAGAUUCGCUUAGCUUUAAUGAAAUUAUACAAAUUUUAAAUCAUGAAAAAAUGCUUGAAGAUACACCAAUUGCAAUCACAUUUCGGGUAUAUUUUUGGUUAUGCCUAUUAUGUGGAUUACGUGGAGGAGAUGCACGUCGAUUAGAGUUUGAUCAUGUAAAACCAACUCCUGGAAAGUCUCUUCAAGUUGUUAUACCUCGUGAGAAAAACCAUGCUGGGGGUAUUAAAAACUUACAUAAUGCUGGUAGAAUUUGUGAAAUACCUCCAGAUAUGAAUGGCAAAUUUACUCCUGUAUCUGACAUUUUAUACUACAUGUAUCGUCCUUUAGAUCGACAUUCACAUGAAAAAAUGAUCCGUGAAAUUUGUCAUAUAAUUUCAAUUGAUACAAAUCUCAAAAAAAUUACAAAUCAUUCGAUUAGACGUACUGCAAUUCAAAUACUUACUCAAUUAAAUGUAUCAACUGACCGUAUUAUGGCUUUUAGUAGUCAUCGAUCUCCUGGUGGUGUAGCUUCGUACCAAACAUUUACACGUAAUAUAUUACACAAUACAGUUUCAAUGAUGAUUCCUUCUGUUGAACAAGAUAAUACAGCUUCUCUUUCAAAUAACCAAGAUAUUACUACUAUUCGAUCUCCAUUGGAUUCUCUUUUAAAUAAUCAAGAAACUGCUACUAUUCAAUCUCCAUUGGCUUCUCUUUCAAUAACUUCAAGUCGUCAAAUAUCUAGUCCAAUUCUGCAAAAACGAAUUAGAGCAGCAAGAAAAUUUAAACCAUUUGACGCUUCUAAACCAUUUAUAAGCCCUCUUAAAUCACGUAAUAAUAGCUCACUUAACGUUCAAGUUAUUAAUAAUAAAGCACAACAAUUUCAUCCAUUUAAGUCACAUGAUAAUGACUCAUCGGAUAUUCGAAUUGUUGAAGAAACACAACAAAUUCUUCCUUCAGUUAGUUCAAAUUCUAUUGACAACUUACCCCGAGUUACUAUUGAAAAUUGUAACAAUUGUAAAGUAGAAAUUAAAAUUACUUUACAAAAAUAA